CGCCCUAGGAAGUGGUCUGCAUGGGCAGAACAGAAGAGGAUCCAACAAGCAGCGGAUUUGUUGAUGGGAAUCUCAAACACAACAUCAGUGAAUUCACACUGGGGAGAGGCCGUUCACCUGCUCUGAGUGUGGGAAGGGAGUCACUCGGUCAUUCCAGUUGCUGAUGCACCAACAAAUUCACAGAGAAGAGGCCGUGUAUCUGCACUGAGUGUGGGAAGGGCUUCCUUCAGUCAUCCCUCCUGCUGACACAUUGGCGUGUUCAUACUGGGGAGCUGCCGUUCUCCAGCUCAAUGAGUCGGAAGGGAUUGGCUCAGUCAGCCAGCCUGAUGGUGCACCAGCGAGUUCAUGCCGGGGAAAGGCCAUUCUCCUGCUCGGAUUGCGGGAAGGGUUUUGCUCAGUCAUCCCACUUAGAGGCACACCAGCGAGUUCAUACUGGGGAGAGGCCGUUCUCCUGCUCAACGUGUGGGAAAGGAUUCACUCAGGUAUCCAGCCUGAUAACGCACCGGCGAGUUCACACUGGGGAGAAGCCGUACACCUGCUCCGAGUGUGGGAAGGGAUUCGCUCAUUCAUCUCAUUUGCUGAUACACCAGCGAGUUCACACCGGGGAGAGGCCAUUCAUCUGCUUGAUGUGCGGGAAGGGCUUCCAUCAGUCAUACUCAUUGAUGACACACCAGCGAGUUCACACUGGUGAGAGGCCCUUUGCUUGCCCUACAUGUGGGAACCGAUACACUGCGUCAUCCAAUCUGGCAAAGCACCAGCGAGUUCACACCGGGGAGAGGCCGUUCUCCUGCUCAACGUGUGGGAAGGGAUUCAAUCGUUCGAAUGAUCUGCUGAUGCACGAGAGAGUUCACACUGGGGAGAGGCCAUUCAUCUGCUCGACUUGCGGGAAGGGAUUCCGUCAGUUAUUUACCCUGAAAAUGCAUCAGCGAGUUCACACUGGGGAGAGGCCGUUCUCCUGCUCAACGUGUGGGAAAGGAUUCACUCGGUCAUCCAGUCUGAUGAUGCACCAGCGAGUUCACACUGGGGAGAGGCCGUUCUCCUGCUCAACGUGUGGGAUGGGGUUCACCAAUUCAUCUGAUCUGUUGAAACACCAACGAGUUCACACUGGCGAGAGGCCGUACACCUGCUCCGAGUGCGGGAAGGGAUUCACUCGGUCGUUUCAUCUGUUGACACACAAGAGAAUUCACACCGGGGAGAGGCCAUUCAACUGCCCUGAGUGUGGGAAGGGAUUCACUCAGUCGUCCCUUUUGCUGAAACACCAGAGAGUUCACACCGGGGAGAGGCCGUUCACCUGCUCCAAGUGUGGGAAUGGAUUCACUCAGUCAUCUGAUCUGCUGAAACACCAACGAAUUCACACUGCAGAGAAAGAUUAAACUUGCUGUCUGCUCAAUAGGCAACUAUCACUGCUACCGAAAUCUAGCACAAAUUCACAAGUAUUGCAGGUGUUCACAGGGGUCGG